UACUAAUUUGAGCCUUAAAGCGGCAUCGAGUAGUGUGUGGAAAUUGUUAUUCGCGGAACGUUAAAUGUGAUGAUUAAUUCAAAUUAACAACAAUAAUGUCUUAUAAUUACGUAGUCACCGCUCAUAAACCGACCAGUGUUGGAGCAUGUGCCACAGGCAAUUUUACAUCUCCAAAUGAUUUAAAUCUACUACUUGCAAAAAAUACUAGACUAGAAAUUUAUUUGGUAACACCAGAAGGUUUGAGAGCUUUGAAAGAAAUCAGCAUCUAUGGACGCAUCACAGUUAUGAAACUUUUCCGGCCACCGGGUGAUGUAAAAGACUUCUUAUUCAUAUUGACACACAAGUACAAUGCUGCUAUCUUGGAAUGUGUUAAUGAAGGAGAAAAUAUGGAAAUCGUUACUUUAGCGCAUGGAAAUGUUUCUGAUGCUAUUGCUCGACCAUCAGAAACUGGAAGUAUUGGGAUAAUUGAUCCUUUGUGUAAAGUGAUUGGUUUGAGACUAUAUGAUGGCUUAUUCAAAAUUAUUCCACUAGAUAGGGAUAUUAAAGAGCUGAAAGCAUUUAAUUUGAGAAUGGAAGAGUUACAUGUACAUGAUAUACAGUUUUUACAUGGAUAUACUAAUCCAACGGUUGUACUUGUUUAUCAAGAUUCUCAAGCUCGUCAUGUUAAUACAUAUGAGAUUUCAAUGAGAGAUAAAGAAUUUGUAAAAGGUCCGUGGCAGCAAAAUAAUGUGGAAGUUGAAGCAACUACAUUAAUUGCAGUUCCUGAACCCUUCUGUGGAGCCAUUGUGAUUGGGCAGGAAUCAAUAACUUAUUAUCAUAAUGAUACACAUAUUGCCAUUUCACCUGCAUUAAUAAAACAAAGUGUCAUUAAUUGCUAUUGCAAAGUUGAUGAAAAUGGGUCAAGGUAUUUGUUGGGAAAUGUUACCGGUCGAUUAUUUAUGCUUCUUCUUGAACGAGAAGAAAAAAUGGAUGGAAGUAUACAUGUUCGGGAUCUCAAAUUUGAAUUUCUGGGUGAAAUUACAAUACCAGAAUGUAUAACAUACUUGGAUAAUGGUGUUGUGUAUGUGGGAUCAAGACUAGGUGAUUCACAGUUAAUAAAGCUGAAUGUUCAUGCUAAUGAAAGUGGAUCAUUUACUGAAGUCAUGGAAACCUUCACUAAUUUGGGUCCAAUUGUUGACAUGUGUGUAGUAGACCUAGAACGUCAAGGCCAGGGACAGCUUGUUACUUGUUCUGGAGCUUUUAAAGAAGGCUCUUUGCGUAUUAUUCGCAAUGGCAUUGGAAUUCAUGAACAUGCUAGCAUAGAUCUGCCAGGAGUGAAAGGCAUGUGGCCUUUGAAAGUGGAUGGCAUUGAAUUUGAUGAUACUCUUAUUUUAUCCUUUGUUGGGCAAACACGGGUUUUAACGCUUAGUGGAGAGGAAGUUGAAGAAACUUACCUUAGUGGAUUUGAUGUCAGUCAACAAACAUUUCUGUGUGCUAAUGUUCGUUUUGAUCAAAUUGUUCAGGUUACAGCUACUUCAAUUCGUUUGAUUAAUAGAUCCAAUAAAAAGUUACUGAGUCAGUGGAUGCCACCACCUGGGCAAAAUAUCUGUGUUGUUUCAGCAAAUAUGUCUCAGGUUGUUUGUGCUAUACGGAAUGAAUUGUAUUAUUUUGAAAUUUAUGAAGAGGAAAUAAAGCAAGUAGGGCAUGCAAUAAUGGAUUACGAAGUAGCAUGCUUGGAUGUGAAUCCAUUAGACUGUUCUGAUAAAACUCAAAUAUGUGCUGUUGGUUUGUGGACAGAUAUUUCAAUUCGUAUUCUGAAUCUACCUUCUUUGAGAGAAAUGCAAAAAGAAAUGCUUGGAGGUGACAUUAUCCCAAGAUCUAUUUUGGCUACUACGUUUGAGAAUACUCAUUACCUUCUUUGUGCCUUGGGUGAUGGAUCUUUAUAUUAUUUUUCAAUCAAUCCAAUUACAGGUAGUCUUGCUGAUAAGAAAAAAGUUACCCUAGGAACUCAACCAACAGUGCUUAAAACAUUUCGUUCUUUGGCCACGACUAAUGUUUUUGCUUGUUCCGAUAGACCAACUGUGAUAUAUUCUAGCAAUCAUAAAUUAGUAUUUUCUAAUGUUAAUCUAAAAGAAGUUAGCCAUAUGUGCCCACUCAAUUCAGAAGGCUAUCCUGAUAGUUUGGCACUUGCAAAUGAUAAUACAUUACUGAUUGGGACUAUAGAUGAAAUCCAGAAACUUCACAUUAGAACUGUUCCAUUGGGUGAAUCACCUAGGCGUAUUGCUUAUCAAGAAGCCACCCAGACAUUUGGUGUAAUUACGUCUAGAACUGAUUAUCACGAUAGCUGUGGUUUAACUCCAACAAGGCGUAGUGCAAGUACACAAGCCCAGAAUUUUACAUCUAGUACAAGCAGCAAUUCUAUAUUAAAAAUUAAUCAGACACAGUCUGGACAAACAAGUGCAGAUGAAUGUGGCCAAGAAGUAGAUGUAUAUAGUUUACUUAUUAUAGAUCAACAUACAUUUGAAGUACUUCAUGCUCACCAGUUUUUGCCAAAUGAAUUUGCUCUUAGUAUUAUUUCAACUAGGUUAGGGGAAGAUCCAAAUACUUAUUAUAUAAUUGGUACUGCAAUUGUAAAUUCUGAUGAAUCUGAGCCAAAACAAGGCCGUUUUGUCAUAUUUAUGUGGAAAGACGGUAA